UCUUGGUCAGAAAUCUGAGGAAGACAAAAAGCGGCCGCUGUGUGUUUAAUCUCUGUGUGUCUCUGUUUUAUGUGUCCUUUACGUGUCUAAUAAUUGUUAUACUGGCAAUGGGACAGACCGUGACGACCCCCCUUAGCCUGACGUUAGGUCAUUGGACAGAAGUGAGAGCAAGGGCGCAUGACUUGUCGGUAGAAGUUAAAAAAGGGCUGUGGCAGACUUUCUGUACCUCCGAGUGGCCCACUUUUAACGUUGGAUGGCCCCCGGAGGGGACUUUUGACCUCUCCACUCUGCUUGCAGUAAAAGCUGUUGUUUUCCAGAAUUCAACUCAGGGACAUCCGGAUCAGCAGCCCUACAUUGUGGUCUGGCAAGAAUUGGUGGAAAAUCCACCGCCCUGGGUAAAGCCCUGGGUGUGAAAGAAAGCGAACUCUCGAGUCUUAUUGGCUCAGGCUCAACCUCGGGGAAAAGGGAAAGAGACCACCAAAAUACACCCUGACACUCAAGACUUGCUCAUGGUUGAUGAUCCCCCUCCUUACCCUCCUGCCUCUGCCCCGGUGCCCAAGGCCCCGGCGGCCGAGGCCCCAGCGCCUCCGGCCCCAGCACCUCCGAUGCCUCUAGCCUCUGGUACCGAGGCAUCGGGGCCAGCUCCGGGACUGGCCCAGGGAACUCGGCGGCGCCGAGGGGCCGCAUUGGACCCAUCAGGUAUUUUUCCCCUCAGGUCUUAUGGGGCCCCCAUUCUCGGGGAGGAAGGAGACCCGCCUUUCCAACCUCUGCAAUACUGGCCAUUCUCCUCUGCCAAUUUAUAUAAUUGGAAAGCUAACCACCCUCCUUUUUCAGAGGAACUGCAGAGACUAAUGGGACUGAUAGAGUCCCUGAUGUUCUCUCACCAGCCCACUUGGGAUGAUUGUCAGCAGCUCUUACAGGUACUCUUCACCACGGAAGAAAGAGAAAGGAUCCUCCUGGAAGCGCGAAAGAACGUGCCUGGAGCUGACGGACGACCGUCGCAACUCCCUCAUGAUAUAGAAAGGGGGUUCCCACUGACCAGACCCAACUGGGACUUUAAUUCUCCAGAAGGUAGGGAGCGACUAACCAUCUAUCACCAGGCUCUGGUGGCAGGUCUUCGCGGGGCUGCAAGGCGCCCAACCAAUUUGGCCAAGGUAAGAGAGGUUAGUCAGGGAGCCGCUGAGGCACCCGCAGUGUUCUUAGAACGCCUGAUGGAAGCCUUCAGGCGGUAUACUCCUUUUGACCCCACUUCUGAGGAACACAGUGCUUCAGUGGCUCUUGCCUUUAUUGGGCAAUCAGCGCCUGAUAUUAGAAAGAAGCUUCAGAGACUAGAAGGCUUACAGGAUUUGUCAUUGAGAGAUUUGGUGAAAGAAGCUGAGAAAGUUUAUCAUAAGAGAGAGACUGAGGAAGAGAAGGAAUUAAGGAAGGAAAAGGAAAAAGAAAGUAAAGAGGAAAAGAGGGAUAGGAAGCAUGAGAGAAAUUUAACAAAAAUCUUGGCUGCAGUAGUAGAAGGUAAGGGACAACCGCCCUCUAGUGGUAGAACUAGUAAGGCAGGGCACCUGGGCAACCGGCCUCCUUUGGAUAAAGAUCAAUGUGCAUACUGCAAAGAGAAAGGACAUUGAGUGAAAGAAUGCCCUAAAAAGCCACUGCAGAAGCCUCCAAAAAAGGUGUUGUCUCUGCUGGAAGAUGAAGAUUAGGGAGGACGGGGCUCGGAACCCCUCCCCGAGCCCAGGGUAACUCUGAAAGUGGAGGGGCAACCCGUUGAGUUCCUAGUAGACACCGGUGCUCAACAUUCUGUAUUAACUAAAGACAAGGGCCCUCUCUCUGGCAAAAAGUCUUGGGUGAUUGGAGCUACAGGCCAGAAACAAUAUGCAUGGACCACCCGAAGAGCAGUAGACUUAGGAGUAGGACGAGUAAGUCACUCGUUCCUCGUUAUACCGGAAUGUCCUACGCCCCUGUUAGGAAGGGACAUCUUGACCAAAGUAGGAGCCCAAAUAUCUUUUCAAGCUGAGAAACCUCUGGUGACUAAUCAGGAAAAUAAGCCUUUGAACUUGAGUAUUCUGACCAUAAGAUUGGAAGACGAAUACUGU